AUGUGUGUUCAGUCAACGUGAAGUCUGCAAACUAGGAUAUGUUGCACACUCAAACAGUGGAUGCGUGGCUAGCGGAUUGAAUUGACCGUUUCUCACUAACUUUAUAAGGAAGUGAUUCAAUCAAGGGAAAAUAUAUAUUUAGGUGUAAUUUCUAUUCUGAAUUAAAUAGGCAUUGCAUUGGGGUAACAACCUUGACAUUUCUAUUCGGCGCGUGGGACAUUGUAUCAGCGGCACAUUUUAUUAGCUUGCUAGAUAGCAAGAGAUGUGUGAAGGCCUCCUUUAUUUUUGUGUAGCUAGCUAAUAAAUACCAGCGUUGCAGUUUAAAUAGCAAAAUAAGUGUUAGUUUGGCUCGAGUUUUGUUGAAAAUAACUAGCUACAUCGCUGAACUUGGCUAAAUAACGUUAGCUAGCGAGCAAAAUUAAUAGCUAACGGUAGCUAAACAAAAGAGUACGCGCCAGUCUCGCUGUUGGUGCCGAACGCUUGUGCUAUGGGCUUGCUGUCACAAGGGUCACCGCUCAACUGGGAAGAAACCAAAAAGUAUGCAGACCAUGUCAGGAAGCAUGGCAUCGUUCAGUUUCUCAACAUCUAUAACAAGGUGAAAGAACGACAGAAGGAUGUUUUGUUAUGGGGCGAUGAGGUGGAAUACAUGUUGAUUGACAUGGAUGAGAAAAAUGAAAAGGUUCGUCUUGUUCUCAAUGGUGAGGAGGUUUUGGAAACCCUUCAAGACAAAGGUGAAAAGACAAACCCCAACCAUCCUACCCUUUGGAGGCCAGAGUAUGGCAGCUACAUGAUCGAAGGGACUCCGGGGCAGCCCUACGGUGGGACGAUGUCAGAGUUCAACACAGUGGAGGACAACAUGGGGAAGAGGAGGCGAGAGGCCUCAUCUGUGCUGAAUAAGAAUGAAACCCUUGCCACCAUCACUUCAUUCCCAAGGUUAGGUUGUCCAGGCUUCACCCAGCCAGAGUACAACCCAACACCUGUUGAAAAAGGAGUGUCCAAAUCACUGUUCUUCCCAGAUGAAGCCAUAAACAGACACCCAAGAUUCAGCACCCUGACCAGAAACAUUCGUCACAGAAGAGGAGAGAAGGUAGUGAUCAACGUACCCAUCUUUAAAGACAAGUGCACUCCAUCUCCAUUUGUUGAGAAAUUUCCAGAGGAUGAUGGGGAGGCCGCCAGGGCAGCUCUCCCUGAUCACAUCUACAUGGAUGCCAUGGGCUUUGGAAUGGGCAACUGCUGUCUUCAGGUGACAUUCCAAGCUUGCAGCAUUGAAGAGGCGAGGUACCUUUAUGACCAACUAGCAACAUUCUGCCCCAUAGUGAUGGCCCUCAGUGCUGCUUCGCCGUUCUACAGAGGCUACGUGUCAGACAUUGAUUGUCGCUGGGGAGUUAUUUCUGCCUCGGUGGAUGACAGGACCAGGGAAGAGAGGGGGCUGGAGCCUUUGAAAAGCAACAAAUUUCGAAUCUUGAAAUCAAGAUAUGAUUCAAUCGACAGCUACCUCUCCAGUUGUGGCGAUAAGUACAAUGACAUAGAUCUGACAAUUGACGAGGAUAUAAACCAACAGUUGCUGGAUGCAGGGAUCGACAAACUGCUGGCCCAACACAUAGCCCAUCUCUUCAUCCGGGAUCCACUGUCCCUCUUUGAGGAGAAAAUUCACCUGGAUGAUGAAAAGGAGUCUGAUCACUUUGAGAAUCUGCAGUCAACCAACUGGCAGACAAUGAGGUUCAAACCUCCUCCUCCAAACUCGGACAUCGGAUGGCGAGUUGAGUUCCGCCCCAUGGAGGUGCAACUUACCGAUUUUGAAAACUCUGCUUACGUUGUUUUCAUCGUCCUGCUCACCAGGGUUAUACUGUCCUAUAAACUGGACUUUCUCAUCCCUUUGUCAAAGGUUGACGAAAACAUGAAAGUGGCCCAGGAAAGAAAUGCAGUCCAAGAGGGCAUGUUUUACUUCCGAAAGGACAUCUAUAAAGGCUGCAACCCUGUCCUCGAUAGCUCCUCAGCGGCCCAGAACGGCUUGGAAAGUGAGGGUGACAAUGAGUACAUACUGAUGAGCAUUGACACAAUCAUCAAUGGAAAGGAAGGAGUUUUUCAAGGGCUGAUACCAAUCCUCAACUGCUACCUGGAAAACAUGGAGGUGGACGUCGAUACAAGAUGCACCAUCCUGAACUACCUGAAGCUCAUCAAGAGACGCGCCUCCGGUGAACUGAUGACCAUGGCAAAGUGGAUGAGGGAGUUUGUCGACAAGCACACCCAAUACAAGCAAGACAGCGUCAUAACUGACAAAAUCAACUACGACCUACUCCGCAAGUGUGACAGCAUCGCAAAAGGAGAGGAGCGAUGCCCAGAACUCAUUGGAGACCCAGUCAAUCGGGCCAAAUAAACCCAUUGUUAAAGCUUUAA